GCUGAGGCGGGAAAAGAAAGCAGCUGCUUAGGCCUACCUGAGAUCAUUUUCCCUUCGUAUUCAGUCCUCAACUAGAACUCAUCGGAGGAUGCCGCACUUACAGAACGCCGAUCGGGAUUUUCCCAUGCACUGGGCCUUGAAUCCCAUUCGUAUCUCUAGAAGUCUCUCCGCAAAUACUCUUUCUCUAUAUAGAAAAAUCUCUCGCAAUAUGUGGCGAUACUGCACUCAAUUCUGCCACAGUCCAAAGUUUCAGCGUUAUGUGAGGUUCCUCGAGUCCAGUCUCUGCCAAUUCUAAAGAGCAAUGCGCCAAGGAAAUGGGCAGCUGCCUCUGAUUUGCAAUCUUCGCACGUAGACGAUGCCAAAAUGUGUUAGUUGAAUUCAUUAUAGCGAAGCUCAGAGAGACGGCAGUCAACGAUCUCGGUCCGGAGAGGCAUGACGCCAGCGGAACGGGGCAUUACCAGGCCGGCAACUGGGAAACUACCCUUACUCCGGCGAUCCCACAAUCCGACCACCAGUUUCC